CUAAAAAAUCUUAAUUUGUGUUCCGAUGAUGAACGAAGGUCUUACGGGCUUGGAAUGACAUGAGGGUGAGUCAUUAGUGAUAAUUUUCAUUUACCCUUUACUGAGUAAAAAUGAAGUGCAUGUGAAAGAGAGAAUUCUCCAUGCCAAGAUUUGCCAAGUCUUUCAUCAGAACAUUCCACCAUAAAAAAAAUAUGUUUUAUUAUAAUAUAAUGCAGAAAUGCUGUGCAGUAGUUAGUCUGCACCGUAUGCCACUUGACCAAAUGUUUCAGAGAAACUGACAUUAAUCGACCCCCAUGAUUUGCACUUCUUUGAUAGAAAUAUGAUGACAUUUGAUGAUGAUAUUUGUUUACAUUUGGAGUUUCAUGAGAAUUACAUGUUUUGCAUCAUCAAAAACAUUUUAAACGUUUAAAUUAGCGGAUUUUUAAAGCAUAGCGGAUAUACAUUUUUCUUACUGUCAAUGUGACUUAUGUGUAGAACAAAUUGUUACACAAAUUAUUGUUACACAAAUGGAUUCAAUCUUUGAAAGGUUGUGUUGUGCAUUAAGCUGGUCGUGAGUGAAAAUCAAAAAUGAAUGGUGCAAAUAUUUUGAUCUGACUUCCUCACGUGAUUCUAUUUACAGUAUUUUGUUUUUGUCUUCCAGUUUCCAUUUAUUUUGAAGAACAAAUAUAAUCUCUAUAAUAUAAUUACCCAAACUAAUUGAGAUCUAUAUCUUUUAUUUUUAUGGAAUUCAUUCAUGCCAACAUUUUGCACGGUUGUUGAUUUGACAUCUGUUUUUUUUUAAAUAUUGUGAUUUUAAUUUGAAGAUGCAUAUGUUAAAAAUAAAUGUAGCAUUUUCAAAUGACUGGAAAAAAGUGCAAACCCCUGCAAUAAGCUUGGAUCCAGGUUUAUUCGCAGUUGCGAUGUAUACAACUUUUACCACAAAUAAAAUAGAAACAAACAUUAUAUAUUUCUAAGAAGAAGAAGAAGCGUUUAUUAUGAUAGCCUAAUGCACAAAACUUGAAGGAAUCCUGUCUUGAGUUGUUAUUGUUGUUGUUGUUGUUGUUUUUCCAAUGACCACACGAUGUCGCCAACGAGUCAGGAACAGGAGUGCAGGAUCUGUAACGAUGUCCAACUAAUCCUCUGCCGUCGCUAUUUUCCUCAGUAAAGAGAACCGCUGGAUCCGCUGUAUUAUUUUAGCGUGCUCUCUUGCAUUGCAUAUCUCAACUAAGUCAGGAUUUUUUUUAUACAGUCGUAUAAGAAAAGGCUUCAGUGACUCGUGAUGGAUGAAAAGCGCAGAGCAUCCUGUCAGUAUGGAUCCCUGGAAUGCACGAAAUGGAAAACAGAUGUGGACCAAACAGAGGCAGAUGUGGUCUCAAUGGCGGACUCUACUACCACAGUGGGAGACAUUGAGGGGGAACUCUGUAAGAUUGAACGGAUCAGAGACAUUUUGGUCAGGAGGGAAUCUGAGCUCAGAUACAUGAUGGAUGAUAUCCAGUUAUGUAAAGAAAUUACAAGACUGAAGAAAGAGCUUCAAAAGCUUCUGUCUAUCCCAGAUAAUGACAAGUCUAAUGAAGACAAACAGAAGGAGGAAGAGUUUCUGAAACAGAUUCAUAAAUUAGUGGAGGCAAGAGACUUCUUGGUAGAUGACGUGGAGUUUGAGCGUCUCAGGGAACGGGAGGAGGACAAAGAGAUGGCUGAGUUUCUUAAGUCCAAAUUACCAAAAAGCUCUCAAACCAAGAAUGUUGGGAGGAGACCCAGAGUCCAGCAGAACACUACUCCCUUCGCAACCAAGACCGGCCUCACUUUACUGAAAGAGUGCUGUGGAUUCACCUGCUCUAUAAUGUAAAAGACACACUUUUGGCAGUGGCAGCAGGAACACAAUGCGAUUCUGAAGCCUUGGAAGAAGGUGACCUUUUUAUGACAUCAAGACACUCAAAGAAUAGAAGCCAACACUUGAGGUCUUUGAAAGAGGAAGCUAUAUGAAGUUGUCUGUUAAAGAAAAGCACUCCAUGUGUUUCUCUCAGAUUCUUUCGCUCCCAGUUGCUAGCUUUCUACCUAACUUCUUUCUUCUGUCCAAAAUUCUGUUUCACUGUAGUACAAAGAACAUUUUCUCCAGGGUUCUGCUGUCAGCAGCUCAGCUGGUUUGCUGUCAUUCCUUACCCGUAUCUUUUCUCUCAGGACACAUUGCUAGAGCACUGCAGUACCCGUGACUUCAUCAUCCAUAAAUGCAUCAUCCAUAAAUCCAUAAAUAAAAAAGCUUCAGUAGAGAUUACAUUUCAUACCAGUGGUGUACCUGUGGAUUCUACAAAAUGCUAUUUCAUUGCUUCUUGCAAGUUUCAUGACACUUUCAAAGUGAGAUAUUCACUGAGUGGGGCUAAAAAAAGAUGAACGUGAAUCUAUAGCAACAUUUGUAUGUGUCGAUGAGGGUUAGAAUUGAAAUGUCUAGUGAGUGGCACUAAAACGUUAAUGCUGUGUUGUGUUUAAAAAUAAUGUAGCACCUGAACCCAUACCCUAAACCUAGACUGACAGUAUUAACAAAAGCAUAAAAAUGCUUCUGCUGAAGCAAGUACGCCAUUUAAGCUUGCUUCUUUAUAGCUCUAUUUGUGUCCCAAAUCUGUACCAGAUGAGCUACCAAGAUGAGCUGAGGUAUGGCAAUGGGAACAGUUAAAUACUGUUUAUUAGUUCACAAUCCAUGCAUAUUAUAAAAGUGGUUUGAGGUCAUUGUGUUAUUGUGCAAGGGGCCACACAAAAAUAAGUCUUUAUUAUUCAGUAAUCUCUGCCCCUGUAAUAAAAAUUCUUAAUGUUAAUUUCAUAUGGAAACUGAAGUGAAUUGUAUAUAUACAACGCAUUCUUAUCCUAGGGCAUCAUAUACUGACGCUUUUGACAAUGCAUCUAAAUCUGACGCACAUGGCACCCUUUAGCGUCAA